GCAGGUACGAGGGUGCUCGUUCGCUUUCCUCCUCCUGUCUGGUCGUGCGUCCUCUUGGGUCUCUAUUGGGCCGCAGGCUGUGUGUGUGAGAGAGAGAGUGUGAGAGAGGGUGAGAGCGAGGUGAGGAGUGUUUAGGGGAGGAUAAUUGGUAAUUGUGGAGUGGAAGUUGGGGUUCUAAUGACGUGCUUUACACCCCAUUUGUAAUGAUAAGCGGCUCGGAAAUUAGUCAGUGACGCGAUCCCCGAACCUAUCGCUACACAAGAGAUGGUUGCAGCGUUUUGAAUUUUGCUCUGUGCCGCAAGUGUAGUCCGUCAUUGAAGCACCAUCUUCGUUUUAAUUUGGUUACUGGCAGCGAUAGAGCGUGAAAUUUGGCUUUGCUGAAAUACAUGUUAAAUCGAUUUUCUCUCCCCUACUUCGGGGCUGAGUCAAGUAGAGUGAGCGUUUCAGCCGAAUGCGUGGUUUUUCUCUUGUUGCGGCUUGUUUGAUCCACAGCUAUCAUGAAUUCUGUGAUUGACGAUAAAUUCGUCGAAAUAAAGUUUUUCACUGGAGCUGCCCAGUCAUUUGUUGUGCUUCUGCUCGUUAGUUAGUGCUCUAGCAGAUACGUUUAGCCCCUCAACCUUCGUCCAGAGGUAGACACAAGAAUGAAAUGAGAGGAAGCGGGUGUUAGAUGCUCGGUCUGUGGCCCUGCUUCUAACAACUUACAUAAUCAAGAUGCGAGUGUUGCGCUUUUCUGUUGCUACUUGGACUGUGGGGAUAGUCGAUUCAUCGAAAAGGGCUCUUUGGAAAUUGCCUCUUUACAGUAUUACUCGCCAAUUCAGCACUGUCCCACCCCAAGUCCUCCAGGGCUAUUGAAAUAUUGUCGUAAUCGUUAAAGAACAGAGUUUACGCCUGCUUGUGCGAAAUUCCAUGCGAGUACAUGAAAGGGCAGUUGUCUCAAGGUACCAAAUCAGCAUCGACGGAAUCUAGAACAAGAUUGCUCGUAAAACCAACGCCCUCACGUCCGCAACCACCAUCGUCAUCGUCUAUGACCACUCACAAGGCUGACAGUCCUAUGAGCAUAGCCUCUAGUUUCCUUAACGACCAAGACGCGGAGCAUGAAUUGAAGUCCUUCUCGCACCUCCUCGCAGGUGCCAUGUCCCCCCCGGUACCCUCCGAUCCCUCCACCGCCUCCAAUCUUGAAGAGAAACCUUCGCCCUCCUUGGAUGGCGUGGGGAGCAACUCCCCCGGUCGUAGUUUCGCAGAGAGACUUGCAGCUCGAGGAGCAGCAGCGAAUAAGAGUGAGUCCGUCUCCGAGGUAGGUACCGCUGGUCGUCUGCCUCCGUCCAACAAUGGCAGCCGGUACAACCAGUCUACACCUUCCAGCCUUCCCAACCCUCGAGGUGGUGAAGGAAAUGGAGGUGGUGGAAAUGGUGGUGGUGGAGGUGGAGGUGGCGUUGUAGCAGGAGGAGGAGGAGGAGGCGGCGGCGGUGAUGGCAAUUAUCUAACUAUUCCCCCGGGUCUACUUUCUCCCACCACUUUGUUCGACGCCUCCCUUGUUAUGCUUUCAAAUGCACAGUCAGAGCCGUCCCCAACCACAGGCACAUUCUCAUUUGCUCAUUCGUACUACAAUGGCGCAAUGCGAGGAAUGGCGAAUGGUCCCAAGGAUGCCCAGAACGCCGAUCAAGGAAGCCAAGGGUUCGUCUUUAAACCUCUCGGUGUCAAGUCCGUCUCUCGCAACCAAAUGUCGUCUAUACCAAACCUGCAGAAAUUCGCCGGUGUGUCUCAACAGCAAGCACAGGCUCUAGCACACAUACAGAGCCAACAUCAACAACAACACCAACAGCAGCAGCAACAACAGCAACAACAACAACAAGCAAGUCAAGUGCCACAUAGAGCUGCAGUUGAAGCAGAAAAUUCGCAAGACUCAGAGCAAGAUAAUCAGCCACCACCCCCCAUGGCCGUCCCAACGUUUCUGGACAGGCCGUCCGAGGAUGGCUAUAACUGGCGGAAGUAUGGGCAAAAGCAGGUGAAGGGCAGUGAGUAUCCCCGCAGCUACUAUAAAUGUACUCAGGCGAAUUGUCCGAUGAAGAAGAAGGUGGAGCGGUCGCACGAUGGACAGGUGACGGAGAUUGUAUACAAGGGUGAUCACAACCACCCUAAGCCCCAGCCUACUCGCCGAAUGGCCUUGAGUGGGGCGCAUCUUCUCGCGGAUGGUUUGUCUCGAGAGACAGACGGCAAUGACGGUAGGUCAGAUGGGUGGAUGGGAUUUCAAACCCAGGGACAUGGUGGGCCGUCAUCCGCUUCCGGGAGUGACGACGAAGAUGGGAGCAAACUUUCGAACGAGGACGGCGACGAUGACGAGCAGGAUUCGAAGCGAAGGAAGAGGAAUGAUUAUUCUAAGGACGUAGCGGCAGCGCCGAGGACGAUACGAGAGCCUCGAGUAGUCGUGCAAACGACUAGCGACGUGGAUAUUCUCGACGAUGGUUACCGGUGGCGCAAGUAUGGCCAGAAGGUCGUCAAAGGCAAUCCGCAUCCUCGGAGCUACUACAAGUGCACGAACGUUGGUUGCCCAGUGCGCAAGCAUGUCGAACGAGCCUCCACCGACAUCAAGGCCGUGAUCACUACCUACGAAGGGAAACACAACCACGACGUUCCCGCGGCACGGAAUAGCGGGCACGACAUGGUUGCUCCUGUAGGCCUACCUCCAACUGCAGCGGCAUCGCUACAAGACCAAGGCCUCCGCUACGGUAGACAAGUGUCGGCCGGAUGUGGCGACGCCCGCCGCGGCGAAAGCAUCGCCCAAGCUAUGGGACUGAGGGAGCGGAUACGGAAGGACGACGAAACCUACAUCUCUGCCCCGAUCGCCAUGAGCUUGUCCUCCAACGGCGACCACCGGCAACAACAACAAGGCUCCCAGAGCAUGGACGGGUACCCACCACAGAUGAUGUCCAGGCCGAAGCAGGAGCAAGGGGACUCAAGCUCCCGGCCCUCGCAUCUCAACCCCAACUCCUCGUUGUAUCAACAAAACCUGGCGCACGUUGGCAUGAGACGCUAAUCCAAACUUUCUUCAUCCUCUUGCCAAAUUCUACACCUCCCCAUACACACAACACUACCCUCUCUGGGCUGGUUUCUGUUCGACGAAUAUCUCCUUUUGUCAACAUUGUGACUACUUCGUACAGUCGUAGGUAGGAAAUUAGAUACACUCCCAUAUCACGGUUGCCUUUACGCUACCAGCCUGUGCAGGCUGCGAGCGAUAUUUUUGACUAGGUAAACGUAGGCAUCCCCGUCUCUCGGGGGUUGCACCCAACUCAGCUUAGACUUAGAGACACACACACAAACACACACACUAACACUCACAUACCGUUCACAUUGUAGACUGAUUCUAUACAACACUUUGAGCAUGCAACAACUUUGCAUAUCAACAGUAGCUGAUGCUAAUGGAAUCUGCGAAGGCGAGAGUUUUGCAUUCACAAAAUUAAAAGCUUUGGUGUCUCCUCUCCAUGAU